AUGGCCGGAUCAUCCUCCCGGACCCCGCCAAUUGACGAGGAAACACCCUUGUUCCAUGACCAUGUCCCAGCUGGAUCUGAGCACCGAGAGGACCAGCCUAUCCUACAGGCCCCGAGCGAGGAGACAUGGACCAUUCCCCGCGGCUUCUUUUGGAUCCAGCUCGCCCUCAUGAGCAAUGUCUUCCUCCAGGCCUUUGAUAGCACUAUUACUGCUGCCACUUACGCCGUCAUCAGCUCCGAGUUCGGCUCUGCCAAUACGGCCUCGUGGCUCACCACUUCAUAUCUGGUCACCAGCACCGCUGUCCAACCGUUGUAUGGCCGUGUCUCAGAUAUUUUUGGCCGCAGAUUGUGCUUCUUCAUUGCUACCAUUACUUUUGGCCUGGGAUGCCUCGGCUGCGGGUUGGCUCGCGAUGUGGUAACGUUGAACUGUAUGCGCGCCCUGACUGGGUUUGGGGGUGCCGGCUUAAUGACUAUGGCAACCAUUGUCAAUUCUGAUAUGAUCCCCUUCCGCAGACGGGGCAUGUACCAGGCCAUGCAGAACGGAAUCUGGGGCCUGGGCGGAAUCUCUGGCGCCUCCCUGGGCGGUGCCAUCGCUGACAAGAUAGGCUGGCGCUGGUGUUUCCUUCUCCAAGUCCCGGUCUCUAUUUUUGCCCUUUUUGUGGGAGCUGUUGCAGUGAAGAACCAGGCUGGUAACUUGUUCGAAGACGGGAUCAAGGCUGUUUGGAAGAGAGUCGAUUUCACAGGUGCACUGUUCCUUGUGCUUGCCAUCUCUGUCCAGCUUCUCGGGCUGAGUCUUGGUGGGAACGAGCUCCCCUGGACCAGUCCAUGGGUCAUCGCGCUCCUGAUCGGCAGUGUUGCCCUGUUUUCCAUCUUCUUCUUCAUCGAGGGUCGCACAACUGCCAUCCCCAUCAUCCCUCUACGGAUGCUCAAAGGCCGAUUACCUGUGGCUACCCAGAUUUCCAACAUCUGUGCCGGGCUGUCCGCAUACGGGUUUCUUUUCAUGAUUCCACUCUUCUUCCAGGUUAUUUUGAUGGAAUCGGCCACCAAGGCAGGCGCCCGCCUAGCCCUCCCUUCGCUAGCUACUCCUAUCGGUUCCAUCAUUGCCGGAAUCGUCAUGUCGCGUUGGGGCAAGCUUAUCCCACUUGUCCGGACUGGAGCCAGCAUUAUCUGCUUUGGAAGUGCCCUGCUGCUCUCGCUCUCCUUCCAGGAUGCCUCGUGGAAGUACAUAGCUUUCAUCAUCCCUACCAACCUAGGAGUUGGCGUCAUCUACCCGUCUAUUCUCUUCACAACUCUGGCUUCGUUUGAUCAUGCUGACCACGCCGUCUCAGCCUCGACAGUCUACCUCAUCAGAUCCCUGGGAGCUGUUUGGGGCGUUUCUAUAACUUCUGCCAUUGUGCAAACUACGCUCAGCGUCCGCUUGCCGGAUGCUUUGAGCGGGAUCUCUGAUAAAUGGAGAGUUAUCGACGAUAUUCGUCACUCUGUUGAGGCCCUCAAGACCUUACCCCCGGAUGUCCAGCUCAAGGCGCGCCUGGUCUACUUCGACGGCAUACACUAUGCCUUUGCGUCUGUGGUCGUCGCUGGCGCCAUCGCUGUCAUCGCUGCCUUUAUUGCCAGUCCAAAGCAAAUGCGCAGCACUCACUAA